AUGCAAAGACCAUCAUUAAUUGAGGACGAUGAUGAUUAUACUAAUAAUAAGAAUGGAAAACAAUUGCUAUCAAGAAGUCUUACAUUUAAUAGGGAACCAUUAAAACAAAAACGAAUAAAAAGACUAAGUCGAAGUUUACUUAGUAAUGAUAAUUGGCAACAAGAGACAAUGGCUGGUGUUCGUAUUAAUGCUAAAAACGAUAUUGAUCCUUUAUCAUAUAUACGUGACAUGCUUAAUGAAUUGUGUAAUACAGAAGCUUUUAUUUAUGCUCGACAAUGUCGUGUUGUUGUUGGUAAAUUACGUUUAUGUUGGAGUGAUGUUAAUGAAGGAAUAAAAUCAUUAUUAAAACAUAAAGAAUAUACAGAAGCAGCUAUUGAACAUAUUCAACAAGAUUUAAUAAUUAAUAAAGAAAAUAGAACAUUUGAAUUGGCUCGUUUUGAAAAAUUAGAUAAUUCACAACAACGUCAAUCACCAUCGACAGUACUUCCUCAACUAUUAUCAACUCUUGGUUUUCGUCUACCAUGUACACUUCAAAAUAAUCCAAUAAUUUCAUCUAAUUCAAAUUUAAAUAAUAUGAAUAUUUCAACAGAAGCAACAUUAUUGAAUGAAAAUAGUUUACCACUUGUUAGAAAUUUACUUGCUUUUACAUCAGAUGUUAUACAAAUAUUUCAAGAUGCAACAAAAUUAAUUGAAGAAUCAUGUGAAAUUAAAAAACAUGCGAUGAAUCAAAUAAAAGAUACAAAAGCCUAUUCGUUAACUGUUAAUCAAAGUAUUGCACAAAAACUUGCGGAUAUUAUUACAUUAGCUAAUUAA